AUGAAGCCAUUCAUGCUUCCCAGAAACCCAACCCUGAAGGAUGCCGAGCUUCCUUGUUCGUCAAGCCCUAGCUCUGCCAAACCCAGGCCCUCUCGCAAACACAGAUCUACAAAGGAGAACGAUCCUCCCUCAGAUCCCAAUGUUACCAUCCCUUCGCCAUCGCCGGCAAAAUUGAAGAGUCCCUUACCACCAAGGCCUCCUUCUUCCAACCCUCUCAAGCGCAAGCUCAGCACCGACAAUUCACUUCCCGGAACUUCCGAUUCAGGCGUCAAGGUUAUUGUGAGGAUGAGGCCACUGUGCCAGGACAAGGACGAAGGGGAACCUAUAGUUCAGAAGAUUUCUGGUGAUUCGUUAUCAGUUAACGGCCAGACUUUCACCUUCGAUUCUGUUGCUGACAUGGAGUCUACUCAGCUGGAUAUUUUCGAACAUCUUGGGGUGCCUCUGGUUGAGAAUUGCUUGUCUGGUUUCAACAGUUCAGUAUUUGCUUAUGGACAGACAGGGAGUGGGAAGACCUAUACAAUGUGGGGUCCUGCCAAUUCUUUGUCCGAAGCGAAUGCAACAAAUGAUCAGCAAGGCCUUACACCCCGUGUUUUUCAGCGACUCUUUGCACGCAUCAAUGAAGAGCAAACUAAGCAUUCUGACAAACAACUCAAGUAUCAGUGCCACUGUUCUUUUCUUGAGAUAUACAAUGAGCAAAUCACGGAUCUAUUAGAUCCGAAUCAAAGAAACCUACAGAUUAGAGAAGAUGUCAAAUCUGGUGUGUAUGUAGAGAAUCUUACAGAGGAGCCUGUGUCUACGAUGAAGGAUGUAACUCAGCUUUUAAUAAAGGGAUUAUCAAACAGGAGAAUAGGUGCAACCAGUAUAAAUUCUGAGAGUUCCCGCUCACAUACUGUUUUUACUUGUGUUGUUGAAUCCCGAUGCAAGGUGAUACACCAUUCUCUCAUGGCACGGCGAUUGUCAAGGGAUUUUGAAGUAAAUUCAUGUUUGCAGAGCACAGCAGAUGGUAUGAGCAGAUUUAAAACAAGUAGAAUCAAUCUUGUUGAUCUAGCUGGGUCAGAACGACAAAAAUUAACGGGUGCUGCAGGAGAGCGUUUAAAGGAAGCUGGCAAUAUUAAUAGAUCACUCUCACAGCUUGGGAAUUUGAUAAAUAUUCUCGCGGAAGUCUCUCAAACUGGAAAGCAGCGGCAUAUACCAUACAGAGAUUCCCGGUUGACAUUUUUAUUGCAGGAGUCACUUGGAGGAAAUGCAAAAUUAGCAAUGGUUUGUGCUAUUUCACCAGCACAAAGUUGUAGGAGUGAAACUUUCAGUACAUUGAGAUUUGCGCAACGUGCCAAAGCUAUCAAGAACAAGGCAGUUGUUAAUGAAGUUAUGCAGGAUGACGUGAACCAGUUGCGAGAAGUGAUACGGCAACUAAGGGAUGAGCUGCAUCGAGUUAAAGCGAAUGGUUACAAUCCAAUGGACUCAAGUGGGGGUCAUUCAACAGCUUGGAUCCGAAGAAGCUUGAAUUUAUUACAGUCUAGCUUCAAUCGACCGCCACCAUUAUCCCGUAUUGACGAUGACGGUGAUGAGGAGAUGGAGAUUGAUGAGGAAGGUGUUGAGGACCAUGAUGUAGCUUUCUGCGAUGCUGAUGCGCCGAAUAUUUGUAAUAUUGUAACAGAAAAUGUAAAAGAAAUGAGUACUGAUAAUCAGGAUUUGGUUCAACCUAGUGUGGAGAAAAAUGCUCCCAGUUGCUCUGGCAGUAAAUGCGUGAAUGAAGAAUCAUCCUGUGCUAUAGUACGAAGCAGUUUCUCUUGUCCUGCGAGUGAAUCUGAAAUUGGAGAUUUUGCUGGUUUUUCAGCCCCAAAUGCAUCCAUUGAUUCUCCUAGUGACAAAAUGGAUUGUGUCUCUCCUGCUGGCCUAAGCGUAGUUCAGUGUGAUUUAUCCCCACUCCUUGAAUCCCCAACUCCUAGUGUUUCUCCUAGAAUCAGCAGCAGCAGGAAAAGUCUGAGGACAUCGUCAGGGCUGUCUCCUUCUGGGAAUGAUCUUGUUGAAAGUGAUUUGGGCAUAAAAAGGGGCAAUCAGAAGAAAGGCUCAUCUACUGCCUUUUCUAGUCAGACAGCUCCAAAUUUCCUUACUAAAACAGAAAAUUUAGCAGCAAGCAUACGCCAUGGUCUUGAAAUUAUUGAUAGUCACCAUCGUAACGCAACUUUGAGGCAGUCUUCAUAUAGGUUUUCAUUACGACCAAGAGAAUCCAGACUAAUUUUUCCAGUUGACAAAGUUGAUGUGGGCGUGCAGACUUUUCUUGAUGAUGAUGUCACAGAAGAUUCUGUUCUGUUCACCUGUAGUAAUUGUAAAAGCAGGACACAACUUGAUGUCAGUGAGAUUGACAAUAACUCAAACCUACAGUUGGUACCUGUUGAUUGCCCUGAGUCUGGUGAUAAGCCAAAGAAGCAGGUUCUGAAAGUAAGUACAAGAAUUCUGUUGGAUUUUUCAGCAGUAGAGAAGGUUUUGGCAGGAUCUAUAAGGCGAGAAAUGGCCCUUGAAGAGUUCUGUGCAAAGCAGACUUAUGAGAUAAUGCAGCUUAAUCGCCUGGUGCAACAGUACAAGCAUGAGAGGGAAUGCAAUGCCAUAAUUGCACAGACAAGGGAAGAUAAAAUACUUCGCCUUGAGAGCCUUAUGGAUGAUGUUUUACCCACAGAGGAGUUCGCUAAUGAAGAGCUGGUUGCCCUUGCCCAUGAGCACAAGCUUUUAAAGGAGAAGAACGAGAAUCAUCCCGAAGUUUUGAAGAUGGAGAUAGAGUUAAAAAGAGUACGAGAGGAACUAGAAGAGUAUCAAAAUUUCUAUAAAUUGGGGGAGAGGGAAGUGUUGAUGGAAGAGAUACAAAGUUUAAGAAGCCAGCUUCAAUUUUAUAUUGACUCUUCAUCCACAUCAGCUAGGAAGCAAUAUCCGUUAUUGCAAUUAACAUGCUCAUCUGAACCCAGUUUGGCAGCAAACCUCACUGCUAUUCCAGAGUCAACGGAGGAGAGGGAUGAGACAAGUGAAAUUCCAGCUUCAACCAAGGACAGUGCGGAAGUAAAACUUGAACAAGAAAGAAUUAGAUGGACUGAGGCAGAAAGCAAGUGGAUUUCUCUCUCUGAAGAACUGAGGGCCGAGCUUGAAGCUAACAGGUCGCUAGCCGAAAAGAGGAAGCGGGAAUUAGAAGCUGAGAGGAAGUGUACUGAGGAACUUCAGGAAGUCAUGCAAAUGGCUAUAGAAGGACAUGCACGACUUUUAGAACAGUAUGCAGAUUUGGAAGAGAAACAUAUCCACUUGCUUGCAAGGCAUCGAAAGAUCCAGGAUGGAAUUGAGGAUGUCAAGAAAGCAGCUACCAGAGCAGGAGUAAAAGGUGCAGAGUCUAAGUUCAUAAAUGCCCUUGCUGCAGAGAUUUCAGCGUUAAAAGCAGAAAGAGAAAAAGAAAGGCGAUUCUUCAGGGAUGAAAAUAGAGGGCUUCAGGCCCAAUUGAAGGAUACUGCCGAGGCAGUGCAAGCUGCGGGUGAACUGCUUUUGCGGCUUAAAGAAGCUGAAGAAGCUGUAACUACUGCGCAGAAACGGGCUAUGGAUGCAGAGCAAGAAGCUGCAAAGGCCUACAAACAAAUUGAUAAGUUGAAGAAGAAGCAUGAGAAGGAGAUUAGCACGCUUAAUGAGCUCCUUGCGGAAACACGUUUGCGGAAGGAAUCAGUACGACCUACUUAUGAUAAUGAUGUGUUCAUGCCCAGUUAUGAUGAUGACUCAAAGGAGCAGCCACACAGUGUAAAUGAGCAGUUUGAGCCCUUUAAGAAUAAUGUAGAGGAUGGUGAGCUUGCAAAACUAGCGGAACCAUCAUGGUUCUCUAGUUACGACAGAUGCAAUAUAUAG